AUGCAAGGACAACAAAGAGAAUUGGAAAUUGAUAAACGAAUUGCUAAACAAUGCAUCAAAAACUAUUAUAAUAAUGAAUUGGUAGUUGACGAAGGAAAAAUAGUAGGAGAUGAGAAUAUUGCAGAAGAAUUUAACAGCUUCUUCUCGCGCAUAG